CUAAGAUCCAGGACAAAGCACCACCUUUCAGAAAUUCCCCCAGGACUUCAAUGCACCUUUGAAAUCCUGUUAAUGUCCAGGGAAAUCUGGACAUAUGGCAGCCCUAAGAGAGAGCAAUGGAGGGAUGUGUGAGAAAACAGGCCUCCAGACCUGACUUUUCCUUCCCCUGCCUUUGUGCCUCUUAAGAGUAUUCAGGUUGUCUUGAUCUUCUAAACCCACAGCGAAACCCACACAGGCAGAGCUGAGAAGCCCUCAGGAAACUGACACAAACUCAGCUGCCGACUUAUCUCUCUCUCCUCCUUCGCUCUUCCCUUCACACCAGUUUCUUCUCUACUGAAGCUAGUAAAGGGCGGUGGUGCUUAUCUGAAAAUUAAGCUGAAAUUGGCUUCUUUUUUGCUGCUUGAAAUGGUCAAUCAUUGCAAAACGAUGACUGCAAGGGGAAUGGAGAAUGGGCCAUAAUUUUUAAUUAUUGCCUUCCUAAGGACACUGUUCGUUGCCAAAGUUUACAAGUGACCCUGUUUAUCAUCCUGAAUCUGGUAAGUAGGUCCUUCCUUCCUUCCUUCUUUCCUUUCUUUCUUUUCUUUCUUUUUUUCUUUCUUUCUGAAGGUCCAUCUACCCACUUUCCUUGCUGAUUAUUAAGGAUAUUUCCAAGCACUCCCGCUGAACGUCUCCACCUCCAUCGUUCAGCCUGGACACUGAGGUCCACUUCUGAGGGUCUUCUGGCGAUUCCCUCACUACGAGAAGCCAAGUUACAGGGAACUAGGCAGAGGGCCUUCUCAGCAGUGGCGCCCUCCCUGUGGAAUGCCCUCCUGCCAGAUGUCAGGGAGAUAAAGAAUUGCACAACUUUUAGAAAGCAUCAGGGAAGUUUUUAAUGUCUGACAUUUUGUUAUUUUUUAUAUUUUGCUGGAAGCUGCCCAGAGUGGCUGGGGAAACCUAGCCAGAUGGGUGGGGUAUCAACAAUAAAAUUAUUAUUAUCAUUGUUAUCAUUAUGAUGAUGAUGAUUUGAGUGGGACUUGAAACAGAGCAGUUUUGUCUAAUUGCCUUCUUCAUUUCUAUAAAAAUUAUUGUCAUAAUAACAAAAAAAAGAAAAGAAAAGAAAGGAUGAUUGGGGGGCUGUCUGCUAGCUUGUUUGAUUUUUUAAAAAAUAUAUUUUUAUUGAAGAUUUCUUAGUUUACAAAAAUAUGUGAAUUGUCUCUUGACGUGUAGUGAGAGUCAUAGGUUUGUAUACGUUCGGCAGCUCUGCCUGUGUACGACUCCCCCAGUAUCGCACAGCAGAGGACUGUUGGAUCCGGGACGAAGUGCAAAGCAAAGAUUUAAAGCAAAGUUUUGACAAUUAGCGUGAUUUGGGUUGCUACAGUUUAAAUAUGUUGUCAACUUGAAUCUCAUUCGUACGCCGCCUCUAUGUGUACGGCACUUUACGGAGGAAUCAAGAAAAUGCAAGUUGCUAGGCAGAAAAGUUUGCAAUGUACCCUUUGCUCAGGCCUGGCAAUAAAUUGAGGAGGGCAUGUUGUCACUUCAGGCUAUAAUCCUCUACUUUUGAGUAGGCCCCACUGAGCUCAAUGGGACUUACUUCUGAGUAGACAUAUAUAGGCUUGCCCUAUUGGCAGGCAUACUGAGAAUUACAGUGGUACCUCGGGUUAAGUACUUAAUUCGUUCCGGAGGUCCGUUCUUAACCUGAAACUGUUCUUAACCUGAAGCACCACUUUAGCUAAUGGGGCCUCCUGCUGCUGCUUCACCGUCGGAGCAUGAUUUCUGUUCUCAUCCUGAAGCAAAGUUCUUAACCUGAAGCACUAUUUCUGGGUUAGCGGAGUCUGUAACCUGAUACAUAUGUAACCUGAAGCGUAUGGAACCUGAGGUACCACUGUAUAAGGAAGCUGCUUUAUAUUGAAUCAGACGCUUGGCAGCAUCUUUCCAGGAUUUUCUCUCAGCCCAGGUUCUCACCUGGAGAUGCUAAGGAUUGACCCAGCAAUUUGUGCAUACAAAGCAAACACGCUUAACACUGCUCUUCCCCAGCAGGGGAUGAGGACUAAAGGGUUGGGCCAAAUGCUUUGAGGGAAAGGUGAAUUUUGAGUGGAGAUUUGAAGAGAGAUAGCAUUGUGCUGGUUUUUGGGGAAGCAGUUCCAAGCAGGAAGGGACAGGAUGGGAGAAAGGAUGGAGUCAUUUGAGGAUGCAGAAGAAGGGGCCUUCUGACUCCUCAGGGUGGUGGAGCCGCAAGAGCAAUGGGGCCCCAUGAAUGGGACAUGUGUGGUCAAUUAGCACCGAUUCAAAACUAUCACUAUUUCAGAAUAAACUUCAACCGUAGUUCAUGAGGUUUAGACACUCUACAGCCUUUCCUAUACUGUUGAGUGUUGUUUGGCUAACCUUUAGGGAUUCCACACUGACCCGCCAAGUGUCCCUAUUUUCCAGGGACAGUUCCGGAUUUACAGAAGCCAUCCCGGUUUCUGAUUUGAUCCUGGAAUGUCCCGCUUCGCCUUAGGAUGUCCCUAUUUUCAUCAGAGAAAUGGUGGAGGGUAUGGAGUUAUGAGGCCGAUGAGAUAAGUAAUUAUACAGCAUUUAGAAGACAUCUGAAGGCAGCCCUGUAUAGGGAAGUUUUAAAAUGUUGCGUUAUGUUUUAUAUAUGCUGGAAGCUGCCCAGUGGCUGGAGCAACCUAGUCAGAUGGCUGGCUAUGAUGAUGAUGAUGGAAUAGGACAUUCCUAUUUUCAUUGGAGAAAUGUUGCGAGGUUAUGCAGCGAUGGAGAUGCGAAGCCAAAUAUACCAGCAGUAGAGGGCACAAUCUCAUCCCAGUGAUUUCAAUGGAAGAUGUUUAAAUAUAUGCUUAUCUGCCCCUUUGAAAUUAAAAGACUUUGCGGCCACUUAACUGGUUGGAUAAAGCACACGCAUGCAUCCAUACCAUAUAUUUGCCAGCUCAAGUUUAUGCAUUUUUUGUUGUGGGUCCAACUCAAUUAAACUCCCUCCCAUCAGAAAUCAGGCAGGCACUGCCCUGUUGUUUCAGACACCAGGUUAAGAUGGUUUUAUUUCAGGAGAUUUUUGCACCCUGAAUUUUGUUCUUAUGUUGUAUUUUCCAGUGUUCUAAUGUGGGUUUUUAAUUUUACGUAUCGUAUGUUUUUAUUUUCAUAACUCACUCCGAGUCCCGCAAAAGCCUUCUUUGGAAUCAAUAGUAACACUGCGGAAAGAGCAACCUCAAUCGGGAUAUUUUGUCCUAAAUUCAGAUCGUGUUCAGAAUACAUGCAGAAAUAGAUUCAUCUUAGGGGGUAAAGGAAGCCGAGGAAGGCAAUCAAUAGCUGAUCUUAUUUUGGAUCCUGAAACGUUUGGGAGGAAAGAUCAGGGAGGGAUAUGAUGUCAAACGUGCCACGCAGAAUAACCUGGAAUAAACAGGCAAAGAAAGAGAAAUGUUCCCCUCUGCCGCCAUGUAUAAAACAAUCUAAAUGAUGAGAGGCCCCGCUACAGAAUUAGGAGUGUAAAGCUGAAAUCAUCAGUCGGCUUCUGUGCAUCUAAAUCCAUGUUAGAUUGUAGCCUGGAGAUUUUCACAGGUUACAUGACUCUAAUCUUGUCUACUUAGAAGUGAGCCCUACUAAAUUCAGUGGGGCUUGCUCCCAGGUAAACGAGUUUAGAAAUCCUGUCUUGUUCUGUAAGUGCUUACAGUUAAUAGUUCUAACAAGCAUGCUAGCAUUUACUGUAUUAUUAGGAUGUAUUAUUAAAGUUUGGGGUUUAUUUUUUUAAAAAAGGUGUAUAUUUCUCUGAAAUGAAACCUGGCCCAUAGAAGUGACAGUGAUACACCAUCUUCUUUUCUUCCAAUUUGUACAAUGAAAUGCCAUCGAUUUAAAUGGGAGAAAGUUAAGAAUGCACUUGAAUAUUUCACUGAAACCAAUGAGAUUUGAAGUUGCUCAAUGUGAUCCUGUCCUUAUCUCCUGGUGAGCUGGUUCUUAAAAGAUGAGUCGAUGGUCAUGAUCCAUAACUUAAGGAUACAGCUGAUGCCAAAAUUUUAGCAUCCACUGAUGGGAGGUGGGAAAAGGCAACAUUUGAAAGGAAGGCUCCCUAGUAAAUUGGCUGAAUGCUCUGUUCUAAAAGGCUGCCAACACAAUUAUUAUUUUUCUUUCUAGCGUUGCCACACUUCGCCCCUAUAUUUUAUAAAGUGUGUGUGAUAUGUGCACAUAUACAAACAUGGCUGAAGUUCCAGAUUCUUCUCUGAAUCAAACAAGUUGAUAACGUACAGAAUACUAAGCAAUGUGCUUUGAGAAUCUGACUAUCAGUGGUCAUUUUAAAAGACGCCACCAGACCUUACAAGGGAAAGAUGGUUGCCGUCAGAUACAUUUUGUAUCAAAAACCCAAGGACUGGGAAGUCAACGUGCCAUUCCAAACUUUGGACCACAGUUUGCAGUGCUUUUUACACAGUCCAUAAACCAGUGCAGUUAGGUGCAUGAGCCUUAAGCCCACAGAAAUCACUUAUUUGUGAGAAAGAAAGGGGUCUACUGUCUCUUGCAGACCCUCCAAAUGUCCCUAUUUUCUAGGGACAUUCCUGAUUUAGAGAAGCCGUCCUGGUUUCUGAUUUCAUCCCAGAAUGUCCCGCUUUUCCUUAGGAUGUCUCUAUUUUAAUUUGAGAAAUGUUGGAGGAUAUGGAAUUAUCUGACCCCCCAAGCUGCCUGAAGGCAAUGGUGUAUAGGGAAGUUUUUUUCUUAAUGUUUAAUGUUUUAUUAUGUUUUUAUAUAUGUUGGAAGUCGCCCAGAGCGCUGGGGCAACCCAAUAAGAUGUGUGGGGUAUAGAUAGUAAAAUUUUCAUGAUGGAAUGGGACUUCCCCAUUUUCACUGGAGACAUUUUGGAGGGUAUGCAGAGGUCCAGAAGAGCUCAGGCCACUUGCUGCUUUUGAGGCCCCUUGGCAUAAUAACAACUAAAAAUGACAACACAGAAAAGCAAAAUAAGGAACCAAAAAUGAUGUGGGGACACUUGGAGGGUCUGCCUCUGAGGAGGACUGAGGAUUCAUGCUUCUUCGACAGAAUAUGCAUUUUAAUCUAAGCUGCUCCCCACAGAUUCUGUUAGAUUGGGGCACACACAGGUUGGGAAACGAAGAUAUACCAGGGAGCCCAGGUGGUUAUAGACAUGGUGUCAAAUACGUGUAGCGGCCUGAUUGAAAAACAGAUGGGUUUGGCUAGCACCAUAGGUCAGUGCUGUUUUUUUAAAGGCGGAAUUGACAUCCGGGAGAAUCUCCAAAAGAUGACCCCUUUUCCUGGAUCUUUUUACGGCCAUUUUGUAAAAGAAGCUCGACAACAACUCCGGGUUUUCCUUAAAAAGCUCAACAAUUUUGGGGUGUCUUGGCCUUUUACACCAAGCUCAUAUCCUUCUGCCUAGUGACCACACAAUUCAAAAGCAUCGGGUGUGAUGUCAGUGUGGCAUAGCUGUGAGUCUAGAGGCGCCACUUGCCCUAUCUAUGAUGGUUUCUCUUCCUUCUCCUAAAGAGGAGUCAGAGAAGCAAUGCAGUCCCAUUGCGGACAGCUCAGUCUCUGAGUGCAUCUGCAGAUUAUAGGUUAGGUUCUCUGUAAACAGCAUCUGAAUCUUGCAUCCCACAAGUACAAUAGGAAUAUAUCCUAAAUGUGUUUAUACACCUGUACCUACUGAUUUAUAAUAUGUCCUGGAACUGCUGCAAACGUCAGGUUCAAACUUCAUAAUCUGGAAACAUACGGGUGUACCAGUAAAUGACCCGAAAAUGGCUACAGAGGUAUGAUUUUGCAAUGUGGAAAUGAAACAGAUGAGCUGUGCAUCUGAGCUGCACAUAUGGCAAAGCUCCUAGGAGCUUUCCCAUCAUUCACACACCCUGGGCUUGCCUCAGAUUAAUCCACGCACUGUAACCUUUUUGACAACUGCUUCUUUCCAUUUUCAGUACAGAAAAGGAAGGUUACCAUAUUUUUACCAGGUCUCACUUAUGCGCCUUUAAAAACAGCUCUAAAAGCAGAAAUUUAUCAGGCGGCGGUUUCCCCACAAUCAAUCUCCAGACCAAAACCCCCCCAAAACUCCUUCACCUCUUACAUUUCUAUGUGUCAGGCACUUCUUAAAUGCACAUGAACAAUAUCAGAAAAAAAGAGAUGAAAAUCUUAGGCCAAACUAAACAUGACUUUGACCGUGCAGUUUGGUUUCGCAUAGAUUAUUUUGGUUUAACAAAGAACUGCUUCAGGGGACCCCUGAGCCAGAGUAGGACCACUGAUGCUUUCCUCCAGUUGCAAUGCCAGGCAAUUCAGAUUAGGACGGAAGUGAGGAAAAGGGUUAAAGACCACCACCCCUCACCCCAAUCCAGUUUCCCCCCUCUUCACCUCUAGUUAUUAUAUAACUAACUAAAACAGCUGCACAAAGCCUAACUGUCCCACAAACUUCAUGUCUCGCCUGACGCCUAGCAGAGAAUGAAAUGGUUGUGAUUAAAGUCUACGUUAACAUUCUCCUCCCAUAGACCCAGAAAUUCCUGUUUCCAUAAGAUUGCUUCGUAAAAUAGAAUGUCAUUCUGCUAAGUGACCCGGUUUUUAAAAAUUUUUGUUUUAGGGUAGGGGGAAGGAAGGAGUAUUUCAAGAAGCCGUUUUGAUCCAAAGCAGUCACUCUGGAAGACAGGUGUAGAGGAAGGUAAGGAGAACUGUGAACUGCGCUCACAAAGCAGGCAUCUGAGGGGGUUGCUUCUUGCCUGUGGAAGUCCAGUGUACCAUAAAUUUAUCAGGCUUUCGGAGGUUGUAUUUAACUCCAGUCAGAUUAAAUCAAAUAAACAAGGAAUAUUUGGUGUUCAUGUUGGAGGGGAUGCCAGAAAACAGGGAAUUAUGUUCAUAUGUGGUGGGGGUGUAAUUAUGUACAUUUCUUUUUUUUACAAAAGGGUGUUUAAGGAGAUAGCAGAAAUCACUGGGUUAAACCUGACCAAAAGUCCAGAGGUAGCAUUAUUAUCCAUUUCCAAUGGGGUGGAAGGUUCUCAGGCUAUGAAGGGCUUGCUCACAAAUUUAUUGACAGCUGUACGAAUUAUGAUAGCUAGGAAGUGGAAGGGGCAAGCAGAAUAUAAAACAGAAGAAUGGUAUAAAGAGGUGUGGGAUAGAGCUAUUAAUGAUGAUGAUGAUGAUGAUGAUGAUGAUAAUAAUAAUAAUAAUAAUAAUAUUUAUACCCCGCCCUCCCCAGCCAAGACCAGGCUCAGGGCGGCUAACAACCAAUAAUAAAAACAAGUUGAUUAAAAUACAAUUUAAAAGAUUAAGAUACAACAUUAAAACAUUUGGGUGCAAUCUCUUCAUAGGAGGAGAAAGGAAAAAGAAAGAGGGGGAAGGAAUAAAACUGAUUCCAAGCCAAAGGCCAGGUGGAACAACUCUGCCUUACAGGUCCUGCAGAAAGAAAUCAGAUCCCGCAGGGCCCUGGUCUCAUGAGACAGAGCAAAAUUAACAUGUUUAUUAAUGAUAAAUUAACAUGUGCCAUUAAGGUAACGUGCAAUAAGGAAUAUGCAGGAGAAAUGAUGAGAUAUGGAGGGUGUUUAUAGAAUCUGUACUGAUAAAACGGAAAGGGGUCAAACCAUCGCAAGAGGUGUUUACAUCUUGGGAGCUUGGAUAGUUACAGUGGAAUGGUCUCGGUGGUGGGGUGCAAAUUUUUAUUCUUAUCUAUUUAUGAUUAUUACUUUGUCGAACUAAAAUUAUAAAUUUUUUUAUCAGGCUUUAAGAUGGAUUGAUGUGAACAAUGCAGCGUGACCACCUUUCAUUGCUGUUUUUAGUUAAAAGCAGCUGGGCAAGUGUGGGUGGCUCUGAGUUUGCUUUCAGUGUCCCAGGGAGUGGGUUAGCUCUUUCCACAUGUCAUUUCCCUGACCUGGUCCCGCAUCCUGAAGCCAUUGUUGCAGAUUUGUGGGUUGAAGAUGUGCUGCAGCUACUAAUAGCAGUUUAUACGUAUGCAUGUGUUCAGCUAGGGGUGCCAUAUGCCCAGAUAUUUUAUUAUUUCUUUCUUUUAUUUGGACCAUUUAUAUACCGCUCGUAGUUAGACAAAGCUCUUUAAGCGGUUUACAACACAGGUUAAAACAUCUUAAAUAAACAGCAAAUACCGAAACAAAAAGGAGAGGAUAUCUGUAAAACUUAAAAUAAACAGAGCAUCCUCGUCAGUAUAAAAAUAAACAUUGCCACAGAAAAAUCAGCUGCAAAAAAUGCAAGGAAAAUCCAUGGCAAAGGACUAAAUCCAAGUAAUGAUCAGGAAGAAAAAUAAUUAAAAAUGAAAAUGAGCUAAAAAGCAUACAUUUCACCUUAAAAAACACACAAAAACCUGAUUCACAACGAAGCAAAAGAAAAUGUACAGCACUUGUAUAGAUUUCCCAUAGAUCAGUGCUGUUUCAAAUAUACUCUAAAUGGUAAUCUGACCAGUGCAGGGCUGCCAUAUGAGUGUUUGUAAAAACUUUUGGUGUUUCCUAAGAAAAAAGCUCAACAAUAUUGGGGUGUUACUUUUUGAAAUAUGGCAGUAGUAAUAGUAAUAAUAAUAAUAAUAAUAAUUUUAUUAUUUAUACCCCACCCACCUACCCCAGCCACUCUAGGCAACCCUAGGACUUGUCCACAAUUGAGCAAAAAGUAAACCGCAUCACCAUUUGUCCUGGACUUUUUACCCUUAACUGCAGGGUUUUUCCGACUCUGGUCAGAUUAGACUUCCCAAGGAUUUUUUAUUUAUUUUUAUUUUUAAACCUCUGCAUUUAAAGGGAGAAAGACUUUUCGGAGUACAAUCUGGAGUCUAGGCAGGGAAAUGAAUAUUGUUUUAUUACCUUUAGAGCCAAAGAUGCUACUACUGAGUUAUUUAAAGGGAUUACACUGAAGGAUGUUGACUUGGAAAUGAUUGUUAACCUCCUUAUCAGUGUCAGGAUCCGUAUAGCAGCAAACUGGAGGUGAAAUUUCACUCCGUCAAUUCUUGGAAUGAUGUAAUAGAAAAUGGAAUAUAGUAAUACUAUUUAAAUUAACUUACCGAAGAAGGAGUAACAAACAGCAAUCAAGUAAGUUUGGUAAAAGAUGGGUUUUAAUUAGGAUGCUCCGGAAUAAAAGAAGCAGGACAGUGUUCAGCCUUAUGCCUCCUUUGCUGUAUAAGUUGUAACGCAUGUGCUUAAAAGGUACAAAAUCUUACAGCCAAAGGUCUUGGGCUGACCCUUCAAAUGAUAUAGCACACAGUUUACAGUAUGAAGGCCAUUUUUAGGCAAGUGCAGAAGCUGAAAUCCGUCUUUUUUUCCCAUUCAUGACUUUUCAUGAAAGGCUUUUGAGUGGUUUGAAGAGUCAGCGAACCGCUCCAUAAACAUUAAAAUUCAAGGUUCUGUUUCCCUUCCCAGUUUAAUUACUCAGAAAUAGCAAUGGGUUCUUUUGUUUAUUUAUUCAUUUUCCAAAAUUGUAUACAGCUUCAUUGUUAAAAACCUCAUACCUCUAAGUAAAAUAUGCAUCAAAAUGAUCAAUCAAAGUCAGAAGUUGAAACAAGCUGACCUAAAAAAUCCCAAUUAUACAUAAAACCAGUGCUUUGAUAAUUCCACAAGGUAAACACACAUACAUACAUACAGUGCUUUUUUCUGGUGGGUACGCAUACCCCUAAACAUUUUGUGAAUCUUUGUACUUUUGUCCAUUUACUGUAUUUAUUUCCCCCGAUUUGAACUAUAAAAUGUUGAUUUUCUUGAGUCAAAAUGAGAGUAACCCUAAACAAUUUCUGAAAGAAAAAAAGCACUGCAUAAAACCAGUAGUCAAAUGUGUGUGUGAGAGAGAGAAAGAGAGAAGAAAAUGGCCUAUCAAAAUGCCUGUCAACCUUACAUAUUUUUCCCGCUCUUGUACUGACUGCAUGGUGGGUUGUUCUGAAACUGCUCCUCUGAAGAGCUCCAAUCUCUGAGAGACUUUGCAGCCUCCCUACUUUUAUUGUGCAAGUCUUUUCUAACUUGUUGAAACAGUGGUGGAGUUCAUUGCACAUUGGAAGCUAUUAGAAAAGUCUGCUGUGAAAACUUUAGUGAACCUGUUUGCUGCAGACUAGAAUCCUCAGGUCCACAGUCAGAUUACCGAAGCAGGGGGAAAAAUAUGAGGGGAAGCAGUGAUGCGAGUCUUGGACAAGUCUGAAGCUUCUCACCGGCCCUUUUAUUUUAAGCUGCAGCUGUGGAAUGAAAGUCAGAACUAACAAUGGAAGAAAAAAGUGGUUAAAUAGUACUAAUGUACUAUGUCCAUGAAUGCACAAGUAAAACGGGGCUUCCUUUCCCUAUACAGACCUACCUGUCAUUGCUGUUCACUGUUGCUCCGUAUUAAUUUCAUACAUGACCUAAUCAUUAGCCUUUCUAAGUGGUGUGCAUAAAAAUAAACCAUGCAGAAAACCAACACUGGGAAAAUUCUUCCUAUAAACCAGACAGAGAACAAAUACUAGUGUAAUGGGUUCACAGAUACAAGAAAGCCUUUACUUGAAGGUUCAGCAAGGAGGGUGCCUGCCUAAUCUCUCUUUUUUAAAAAAAUAAUUAUUUGGUUUUUCAGAUUAAAGUUUUACAAUCAUAUAUCCAACACACAAAAACAAGAUUCCAAAGAAUCUCCUGGACUUCCCCCCUUCCCUUUGUGGGUAUUAUUGUUAAUCUUUUCCUCCUGCAUCUUUUUUAAUAAUCCAAUUAUUUUACCUCUCCAUUGUGUCCAAAAUUCACCAUUAAACUAUAAGUGUUAUUCCAAUCCUACUAACAAUUUUAACUGUUUACAAGGGUUUUUAAAGAUAAGUUACAAAAUUUCCCCCAUUCCUUAUGAAGAUUUUGGUUUUUCUGAUUUCUGAUUCUUCUGGUCAUUUUAGCCAUUUUGGCAUAAUCCAUCAAUUUAAUCUGCUAUCAUUUUUUCUGGUCGGGACUUUACCUUCUUUCCAUGUGCCUGCCUGAUCUGUUGUGAGGGACUUCCUUGGGUACGGCCCUGAAUGCACGAACUUACAGGCAAACACUAAAAGCAGCUAAAAAGGGCUUUAAGAGCAGUCCAAAUGGCAGCGGCUGACAAUAGGUUUAAACCAGGGGUCAGCAAACUUUUUCAACAGGAGGCCGGUCCACUGUCCCUCAGACCUUGUGGGGGGCCAGACUAUAUUUUGAAAAAAAAUAUGAACGAAUUCCUAUGCCCCACAAAUAACCCAGAGAUGCAUUUUAAAUAAAAGGACACAUUCUACUCAUGUAAAAACACGCUGAUUCCCGGACCAUCCGCGGGCCACAUUUCGAAGGCGAUCUGGCCGGAUCUGGCCCCCGGGCCUUAGUUUGCCUACCCAUGGUUUAAAUGAUGUGAUGCGAAAUUAGAACCUGUGGCAAGCAGGGGCGUGGGGUGAAAUUUUGCAUAGGGGGACAGUUAGGGCCAGAGCUGUCAGCUUGCAAGGGCAAAUUGGGCGUUGAUGUGCGCAUGAGCAUCGUGAGCCUCUGACGGGAUGCCAGAGCCCUCCUGCUUCCUUCUCAAAGGCGGGUGGGCUAUGGGAUUGUGGCAGGAUGGCUCUUGGACCCAUCAGAGAAUUGUCCCAAGCUGGGCAGAAGCUUCCUGGAUUUUGGGACGGAGGCUCCAGGGGAACAUUUAGGGGACUGGCCUAGCCCCCCUAAACCACACACCACUGGUGGCAAGGGACUCUUCUCAUUCAUCUGGAAAAGCCGACCCUGACAAAAACUUCUCCCAGAAAGUAGAGACUGUGGGAAUCUGUCAUAUCUCAGACAGGGAUGCUUUUCCGCAGGCUAGGGGCAGCCACUGUUCUGAGUUACUGUGGAGCAGGAUUCUGGUAUUAUGAAGAGUUUAAUGAGAAACUUUCUUGCAGUGUGCAGUGACCUACCGGGUAAUAUAGGGGAGAGCUUAUCUUCUUUAGAGCCCAUUCUUUUGGGAUCUAAACCUUGUUAUAUAUAUAUAAAAGGUAAAGGGACCCCGACCGUUAAGUCCAGUCGCGGACGACUCUGGGGUUGCGGCGCUCAUCUUGCUUUACUGGCCGAGGGAGCUGGUGUACAGCUUCCCGGUUAUGACCAAGCCGCUUCUGGCGAACCAGAGCAGUGCAUGGAAACGCCAUUUACUUUCCCGCCGGAGCAGUACCUAUUUAUCUACUUGUACUUUGACGUGCUUUCGAACUGCUAGGUUGGCAGGAGCAGGGACCGAGCAACGGGUGGGUGGGUGUGUAUACACACACACACACACACACACACACACUUGUGUUCCAUUGCUACUUUAUUUUUGUUUUGGGUUGCCAAAAAGUGAAAAUCCGGACACAAAUGCUGUUGAGGUUUUUUUUUGCAAAAAUUGCCAAAGAAUCAACACUUCUGAUGUGUGUUUUCCUGGACAUUAUUGACACUUUCCCAAAAUUACAACAAUAUAAAAAAAAAUCAUAGUAUAUCCAGCUAAAGGCAGGGCGUACAAAACCUAAAUGUAUUAAAUGACAACCUUUGUUUUAGGAUAUAAUUAAACAACAAACUCAUAUCGGUUAAUACCAAUGUAGCUGUUUAACAGUCCUCCAGAGAAUCCUGGGAAUUCUUUUAGUGGGAGUCUUUUACCAGUUUGUGUCUGGGAUAGACUUGCUCCUGGAAUGCAUCAGAGUAGAUUUUUCUUUUGCACAGUCAAUCUUUACAACUGAUCCUUAGCUCCACCUUCGGUCCCUCCUGGCAGAACCAGAGGAUUGUUGUGGCCAAUCUACACAAUUUGAAGAGCUGAGACAGUGCCAGAUUCUCUCAAACCACCUCCUUCCUUUUUUCUCAGAGGCUUUUUUCUCACAUUUCCUAUUUAACACGAAAGCAUGAGCAUGGGAGCCCACAAGGGUCCCCAGCUGGUACACCUUCCUCUGUUACUGCUGCUUUUGUGCUGUACGUAAAAUCGCAUUGACACACAAUGACCCUUUGCUAUGAUAUGGCUGUAAUAAAAUUGCAGUCAGGCAAACUUACGAAUUCUGAGCUUUUAAAAAGCACAACAAACAUUUAUGUAUUUUUUUAAAACCAUGCAAAUAAUAUAAGCAAAGGGUGCAAAAUAAACGCCCAAAUUAAUUGUGCUAAGAAACCUUUAGAAAUGCAGAGGCAAGUCUUAUAACUUUUAAAAGUAACGCUUACGUUGCUGCAUGAGCUUUCAAAGGCAGAUGCAUCAAGUCGAUAGUGAAGAUGUUCCAGAGGGUUCACUGCAUUGCUCUGUGGAAGCAAAAAAAGAAAAGAAAAGAAAAAGCAGGGCAUCUUAUAUCACUUUAAAGACUAACACAUUUAUUAUGCAAUUAUUGUUGGUUUUAAAAAAUAUAUAAUCCUGCUCUUCAGCCAAAUCUCUAAAAAGAAAUGAAAGAGAAACACAGUCCCUGCCUUCAACUUUAUAACCUAAAAAAACAUACAACACAAACAGAAAAUGUAUACCCUCCAACAUUUCUCCACUGAAAAUAGGCUGCUCUGGUUUCACCAGAAGCGGCUUAGUCAUGCUGGCCACAUGACCCGGAAAAACUGUCUGCGGAAGCAGACAAACGCCGGCUCCCUCGGCUUGUAAAGUGAGAUGAACGCCGCAACCCCAGAGUGGACUUAACUGUCAGGGGUCCUUUACCUUUUUACCUACUCCACAACAACAACAACAACAACAACAACAACUUUUAUAUCCUGCUCAUCUGACUGGGUUGCCCCAGCCACCCAGAAAGUAGGUGAUGACAAAUACAAAACGACUGAAUUACAGUUCCGUUGUAAAAUCAAUGGAUUUUAUCACACUGCCUGUGCUAGUUGGAUUACCAAUGCCACAAUAUCUGUGCUAUCAACACCUGUUUUAUUUUAUUUUUUUUAGAAAGUCCACUGUUAAUAGGGUAAAUCGUAUUAUUAACAGUGGCCAGUCCCAGGAAACAGUUCUUAAUAACACAGACAUCCUACCACUGUUGUCAAUUAACACAGGUGGUACAAAUUUUGACCUCACCAGAAAGAGGAAGACAAAGAUAUAGUUGGAUAUACAUUUCUACAUGUGUGUGUAUGUGAUACACAAACGCACAAACAUACACAUGGGCGGGGGGGACUUUAAACAGUGAGUCCAAAAGGAAAUGAGCUACAGAAAUAUAUAGACAGUGGUCAUCACCUGCAACUCAGGUUAACACUUCGUGAAUCUGUUUAUAUGUAGUCUAGAAAUAUAUUGGUCUUGAAGGCACUACAACAGCCCUUCUUGUUUCUAACGCUUUAUUCCAGGGUUUCGAGAGGCUAUUCAAUACAUAAGUAACGCCAAAUCAAUUUCAUUUCCAUUGUAAUUCACUGAUUUAUAUUGCAAACUGCCUUGUGAUCCUCAGAUGAAGGGCAGCCUUGAAAUUUAAUGAGUAAAAUAAAAAUGAUAGCAAAUGGGCAUAAGCUGUUAAUGGAUGAGCAGCUACAGAUUUCAAAUCUAGAGGAGGCUCCUGUUGGCUCAUUUAUGACAGCAAAUCUAAAAUCCCUUGCUUUUUAAAUCCAUCUCCUAUCUAUGAUCUCUCUCUCGCAAACACUUCCUCCCGUUAACAUGAAAAACUGAGCAUAGAGAUGCUAAUCUUCCGACGCCAUCUGUUUUUCUUUUCUGUAGUGCAGGGGAAAGGCAGCCUGUGGCUCUCCAGUUAUCGUUGAGGAAAGGCUGUGUUCUCUGUUGUUGUUGUUUAGUCAUUUAGUCGUGUCCGACUCUUCGGGACCCCAUGGACCAGAGCAUGCCAGGCACUCCUGUCUUCCACUGCCUCCCGCAUGCUGGUCAAACUCAUGCUGGUAGCUUCGAGAACACUGUCCAACCAUCUCGUCCUCUGUCGUCCCCUUCUCCUUGUGUCCUUUCUCAACAUCAGGGUCUUUUCCAGGGAGUCUUCUCUUCUCAUGAGGUGACCAAAGUACUGGAGCCUCAGCUUCACAAUCUGUCCUUCCAGUGAGCACUCAGGGCUGAUUUCCUUCAGAAUGGAGAGGUUUGAUCUUCUUGCAGUCCAUGGGACUCUCAAGAGUCUCCUCCAGCACCAUAAUUCAAAAGCAUCAAUUCUUCGGCAAGCUCUCACUUCCAUACAUCACUACUGGGAACACUACUGUGUUACCUACUUGCAUGCAAAAGGUCUCAGAUUAAAUCCCCCAUGAGGCUGAGAGGGACCCUGUCUGAAAAAUCCUGGAUGUCAUGGGACUGGUUAGGCACAGAGGAAUGGUGGUAGACACUAGCUGGGGAACCCCCAAGGCAAGAAAGCUCAAAGCCUUGGGAGUGGUGGUGGGUCAGCAAUGAGUGGUCAGAAGGAGAAGAGGGAAAAGACUGGGAGGAGGAGGUUCAGAAGCUGAAGAGAGUCUGUGGCAGAGAGCUGUCCAGAAUCAAAGUCAGGAGAGGUCAAGAGGUGGAGAUGAGUCAGCCCAGGGUGUCUCCUCCUGCUGCUUCAACACUCUGGUCUCUCCCAUGAUCUCCCAGGACCAGAAGAGGUAUGAAGAGGGAACAGCAGAGACAGGCACGCUGACCUAGUCUCAGAUUUCUUGUACAGUGGUACCUCAGGUUAAGUACUUAAUUCGUUCCGGAGGUCCGUUCUUAACCUGAAACUGUUCUUAACCUGAAGCACCACUUUAGCUAAUGGGGCCUCCCGCUGCUGCCGUGCCACCGGAGCACGAUUUCUGUUCUCAUCCUGAAGCAAAGUUCUUAACCUGAGGUAAUAUUUCUGGGUUAGUGGAGUCUGUACCUGAAGUGUAUGUAACCUGAAGUGUAUGUAACCUGAGGUACCACUGUAGAGGUAAAAGGUAAAGGACCCCUGGAUGGUUAAGUCCAGUCAAAGGCUACUAUGGGGUUGCGGUGCUCAUCUCGCUUUCAGGCCAAGGUAGGCGGCAUUUGUCCACAGACGGCUUUCUGGGUCAUGUGGCCAGCAUGACUAAACUACAUCUGGCGCAACAGAACACCAGAGCGCACGGAAAUGCCGUUUACCUUCCCGCCACAGCGGUACCUAUUUAUCUACUUCUACUGGCAUGCUUUCGAACUGCUAGGUUGGCAGAAGCUGGGACAGAGCAACAGGAGCUCACUCCGUUGCGGGGAUUUGAACCGCCAACCUUCUGAUCGGCAAGCCCAAGAGGCUCAGUGGUUUAGACCACAGCGCCACCUGCUUGGGAAGGAUGUGGAGGAGAAGGAGAUUUAGGCAGCUGUGGGAAGGUGAGGACCUUCAGCCUCCACAACUGCCCCAUGGGGGCAAGACUCACAGAGAAGGGUUGCUGUGCUCAAUAGGCAUGGCUCCCUGAGCAAGCCUUGUUUCUUUGAAUGAAGAGUUAACUUACCCCGUGCGAUUUAUUGCUGGCUGGCUCCCUGUCACUGGAGUACUGCUGCCAGCCAGUGUAGGCUAGGCAUUAAAGAGCUAGCUAGACCAAUGGUCCGACUCAGUACAAGACAGUUUCUUAUGUUCCAUGAUCCUUGGUAAAGGGUAGGGCAUUGCUUUGCAUGAAGAAGGGCUCAGUUUCUUUUUUCUUUUCAAGACAUUUUAUUAAUUUUACAGAUAAAAAUAUACAAAUAAACACACCUCAAUAAAAUCAUGCUGUAUGUAGAGAUUCUCCGAAUCUCACGACUUCCCCCCAUCUCGUCCAUGGAGUCUUAUCUUAAACGUCUACAACUGCAUAUUAGUCCAUACUCCAGUUUUUAUAUUAAACCAUAUUAUUCAUAGUGUUUUUUACACUACAAGUGAGUCAAAAUCCUGCUCUUGUUUCCAUCUGCUUACAGUGGUCUCCUAGAUAACUUAUAAAUUCUUCCCAUUCUUUUAUAAAUUUUUUGUCCUCUUGGUUUCUGAGUUUUCAGCUUUGCCUUCUUGGCAUAAUCCAUCAACUUGGUUUGCCAUUCUUCUCUGAUAGGGACUUUAUCUUCUUUCCAUCUCUGGGCUAGUAGCAUCCGUGCGGCUUUUGUUCCAUACAUAAAAAGUCUUUUCUGCUCCUUUGGAAUGUCGGUACCUGUAAUUCCUAAUAAAAAAGCUUCUGGGGUUUUUUUUUUAAUCAAAAGUUAUUUUAAACAUUUUAUUAUUUCAUUAUAAAUCAUCUCCCAGAAAGCUUUUAUUACCUACAAGCCCACAUAUGAUAAAAGGUACUUUUUCCCCCUUUAAAUUUCCAGCAGAUAUUUGAACUUGUCUUGUACAUUUUUGCUAACUUUGUAGCAGAAGGGGUCAGUUUCAAUCCCUGCCACCUCCAUGGUUUGACUUGUUCAAAGGCACCUUCCUAUGUUCCAACUGAAAUGAAUUAAUCAAGCUCUGUUAGCAUAGCCUGUGGUCAGAAAUGAUGGGAGUUGCAGUCCGACAACAUCAGUCUGUUCCCCCGCCCCCUUACUGUAUGUCUUGUUUCCAGAGAAAACUCUGAAGUCUUAACUUGGCUGGUCUUCCUUCCUUUAACCUCCCUCAUAUUCAGUUAAAGUAGCUUUCUUUUUUUAUAUAUAUAUAAUUUUUAUUAGUUUUUUUAACAUAUCAUCUUCAACAGUAAUUAAACAUACUUUUACAUCUUAUUCAGAUUUUUGACUUCCAUCAAUCCUGUCUGAAAAUUUUCCAAUCUAAUCUCUCAAUAUGCAUUUCUUAUCUUCCCUAUUACAUUUCAAACUCAUAACCAAUAUCUCUAUCUUUUUCUACUUUGUAACACUUCGUAUAUUUCUCCUUACAAAACUUCUUAUAGUCCUACUAGCGUAAUUUGUUGAUUACAGUUGCUCUUCAAAUAAUUCAUAUACUUCUUCCAAUCUUCUGUAAAUCUCUGGUCCCGCAGGUUUCGAAUCCUUCCUGUCUUUUUGUCUAAUUCUGCAUAGUCCAUGAAUUUCGCCUGCCAUUCUUCUUUUGUCGGACAGUUAAAGUAGCUUUCUGACAUCAUUUAAGUUUCCAGCGUUACGUUCUGACUGUUCCCUGAAUGGAUCUGCCAAUCUGUUCACACGGCUGGUUCGCAGAAAUAAGUGUCCCUUUCAAAAGCUUUCCAAGAAGGCUUGCGUGCUACGUUGGGUCAGACUAUCUCAAGCCAUUCAUGUUGCACACAUGCAUAGCAGGAAAUGCCUCUUCUGAUGCAACGAUUGCCUUAUAAACGGUGACAAGCAUAAGUCGGAGUGCUGGGCAGUCACGUCGCUGAGGAUCAGACGUUGCCUACGAGAGGUUCACAAUCUGCUCCAGAGGAAUAGCUGUCUUGGUCUCUUAGCAGCAAAACCACAACUGCCAGCGGACCUUAUUGUGGCCGGAGCUGUUAAGGCACUAACUGUACAGAUGAAAUGAAUUUUGUUUGCCUUUGUGGUUAACGAGAGAAUAAGGCACCUGGGUUGCAGUGACUCCUAUGGGUAGGUAAGACGCAUCUUUCUCAUAAAAAUGAUAGGAUUUAGUGCUGCUCCUGCCGAAGUCAAUCGGAAAAUGCCACGCUCAGUGGCAUCUGAAUGCUUUGGAAGUCCUUGUGUGGGGAGAGGGAGAGGGAAUUUGUGAGACACCCAGGCAAAUAAAUGCUCAGGGAGGUUCACUUGGCACCUUCAUUAUACACCUUUAGGUACCAGGCAAAAGCAUUCCUCUUUAACCAGGCCUUUGGCUGAUUGACAUCCAAUGCCCUUUAAAAAUGUGUUGUUGUUUAGUCGUUUAGUCAUGUCCGACUCUUCGUGACUCCAUGGACCAGAGCACGCCAGGCACUCCUGUCCUCCACUGCCUCCUGCAGUUUGGGCAAACUCAUGCUGGUAGCUUCAAGAACACUGUCCAACCAUCUCAUCCUCUGUCGUCCCCUUUUCCUUGUGCCCUCCAUCUUUCCCAACAUCAGGGUCUUUUCCAGGGAGUUUUCUCUUCUCAUGAGGUGGCCAAAGUAUUGGAGCCUCAGCUUCAGGAUCUGUCCUUCCAGUGAGCACUCAGGGCUGAUUUCCUUAAGAGUGGAUAGGUUUGAUCUUCUUGCAGUCCAUGGGACUCUCAAGAGUCUCCUCCAGCACCAUAAUUCAAAAGCAUCAAUUCUUCGGCGAUCAGCCUUCUUUAUGGUCCAGCUCUCACUUCCAUACAUCACUAAUGUGUUAGGAGAGGGUUAUUGGGUUGAUUUUGUUUUUAUUUCGAAUGCAGAUUUUGUGUUUUUAUCUUGUGAACUGCGUAGGGUUGCCAUAUGCCCUCUUUUCCAUGGGUAGAGUCAUCAUAGCGAUCCAUCCUUAAAAGGAGACGUCGGCAAAUGUGUCCUCUUUUUUGCUCUUCAAAACAUGGCAACCCUAUUUGCGAUUACAGUGGUGCCUCGCAAGACGAAAUUAAUCCGUUCCGUGAGUCUCUUCGUCUAGCGGUUUUUUCGUCUUGCGAAGCAACCCUAUUAGCGGCUUAGCGGAUUAGCGCUAUUAGCGGUUUAGCGGCUAUUAAAGGCUUAGCGGCUAAGCGGCUAAAAGGCUAUUAGCGGUUUAGCGGCUUAGAAAAAGGGGGAAAGAAGCGAAAAAAAUCUCAAGACUCGCAAGACAUUUUCGUCUUGUGAAGCAAGCCCAUAGGGAAAUUUGUCUAGCGGGUUUUCCGUCUUGCGAGGCAUUCGUCUUGCGGGGCACCACUGUAAAAUGUGAAAGGCUAGCUACGGAAAUGAAUGAACUAUGCAGAAAUGGCGAAACUUACCGGAAGAACAACCUUCCUUUUUAUUAAGGAAUAGAAAUCACUUAUUGAAUAUUUACAAACAAAUUAUAAACAAAUUAAGGCAUGAGCAGGAUUAUUGCAAAAACUUGCAGUUUCUAAAACUUAUAUGAAACGGAUGAAGAAAAGAAGAAAUAUAUUGGGAUAUGCAGAGGGGGGAGAGUAAAUUUAGGGAACCGCAGAAAGAAGGGGAGGGAAAUCAAGGUUUGAUAUGUAAGAAUUACUUUAUUUUUUUCUGUUGAUAUAUUUGUUUGUUUUAAAUGAAAAUUAUAAAUAAUUAAAAAAAAUGUGAAAGGCUAGAAGUAGGAUAUACUGUAAGUUAGGAGUAAGUGAGGAGACCCUGACAAGGAAGUAGUCUAUCAAGGAGCCCCCAACUCCUAUCCAGCAAUAGGAAGCCUCUGGAGAGAGAACUUUGUGUGGCAUUUUCUCUAAAUUUUUGAAAAGCUGCAUUUUUAAAAAGAAGACAACAAUUGGAGCAGCUCACUUACAAGUGAGUGGCCACAUUCUCUGUUCAGCUACAGGGAACAGUUUUUUUUAAUUGUUUAUUUGAAUUUUCUGUUUUAUCAUAUUAUCAAUGCAUAGUAUGUUACAGUCAAACACAUGGUAAUAAGAAAGGGGGGAAAGAACAUAAGUAUAAGACAUAUAUUUGUAAAUAAUAAUAGUAACAUAACUUGUUCCUCCAAUUUAAUGAACUCUUAUAAGCCUUAAUUUAAACUCUCCUUCCACUCUUUCUCUGGUUCCCUAUCUGUUGUCUUUUUGACUGCAUUUUCUUAUUUUACUAAAUUAUUUUCAUUACCUUACACUGUCCCACUUUGUCACAUCUACUGCUGAGUAUUUCCCCCCGUCUGUUACACUUACUUUCUUGUUAUCAUAUUUUUCCAUAUAUUCUAUAUAUAAUGUCCAGUCCUCUUUUAAAUCCUUACGUCUUUAUUUCUUAAUCUAUUUGUCAUGCUGGCAAGUUAUAUAUAUUCUAAUAUCUUAAAGGUGCCAUUCUUCUCUUGAUGGUACCACAUCUACAGGGAACAGUUAAUUCAGGGAGCAUGGAAAGAACUUUGUGCGGCAUCCAAAAAUGGAGGCAGACUGUAUUACAGUCACAAAAUGAUACGGUCACCUCUGUAUUAAGCUUUGCUUUCCCUUUGAGUUGAUGGUGGAUACUUUCUCUGAGUUCUGUUUGUCUGUUUUCCUCUAAAUUUUAGAAAACGGCAUUGUUAAAAAGACGACAAAUAUUGGAACAGCUCACUAAAAAGCAAGCGGCCGCAUUCUCAGCUACAGGGAACAGUUAAUUCAGGGAGCUGCAGAGUGGAGUUGAGGGAGGCAAAAUUGGCAGGUCAGUGGAGGAUUCAGCACUCCACUGUUUUAAAUGGCUUUUGCUGCUGCUAGACAGCUCAGUGGCAGACCUGAAUUCUAACAGAAGGAUCUAAUGCUCACAGGGGAAGCAAAUUGGGUGCCUUCUACAUGUUUUUGGGACUACAAUUUCCACCUUCCUGAACCAUUGGGCUGAUGGGAGUUGUAGUACGACGAUGUCUGGAGGAUCCGACAUUGGCUUCCCCUCUAGAAGGUUCUCCUGAUGGUGCCAGUAUUUUGCCAGUACUUCUAUCCCUUAUGUAUGGGGUACAGGUGGCGCUGUGGUCUAAACCACUGAGCCUCAUGUUUGCCAAUCAGAAGGUCGGCUGUUUGAAUCCCUGUGAUGGGGUGAGCUCCUGCUGCUCUGUCCUGGCUCCUGCCAACCUACCAGUUCGAAAGCACACCAGUGCAAGUAGAUAAAUAGGUACCGCUACGGCAGGAAGGUAAACGGUGUUUCCGUGAGCUCUGGUUUCCAUCACGGUGUUCCACUGCGCCAGAAGCGGUUUAGUCAUGCUGGCCACAUGUACCGGAAAGCUGUCUGUGGACAAACGCCAGCUCCGUCGGUCUGAAGUGACAUGAGCACUGCAACCUCAUAGUCACCUUUGACUGGACUUAACCGUCCAGGGGUCCUUUACCUUUACGUACAUUAGAAGCAUGGUAGAAGUUUAAGAAAACGGACUUGGGUUGGAAAAAGAGCUAAAAGACCCAGCUUCAGAUAUGUGCUUGGCAACAAAGCUUACCAAGUGCUGAUGGUGCACCAGAGGUAAUAUCUCACCUUCGAAGCUACCGCACAGGGGUUUUUAUAAGGAUGAAAAAAGGUGUAGGGAGAAUUGUGCACGCCAACUGGACAGAGAUAAUCUAAUCACAAUAAAUCUCUAAUGACCUGUGACUUGCAACAAAAAAUCACAUCUGUGCUCUCUUCUUGUUUUUGUAGAGAACGUGUUUAACUCUCCGAAAAGCGUCGAUAUUGAGCGGGAGAGCAAAUUCAGCUUCUGGAGCAAAACUGCCAAGAAAACACUGCGGAAACCUGGGCAGAUUCCUACUGAAUGGCGCUCACAGUAGCGGGACCCCAGGAAGUCCUCAUCCAGGCUCUCUUUUAGAAUAAGUAACCUUUGAGGAAAUGUUGGAUUCGGUCAAAUGUGUCCUGGUAGGAGAUGCGGCAGUCGGGAAAACGGCUCUGCUGCUGCGCUUUACUUCGGAGACUUUCCCGGACGCUUACAGACCCACUGUUUAUGAGAACACCGGGGUCGACGUCUUCCUGGACGGCGCCCAGAUCAGCUUAGGCCUUUGGGACACGUCUGGCAGCGAUGCCUUCAAAGGCAUCCGCCCCCUUUCCUACCAGCAGGCUGACGUGAUUCUCCUGUGCUACUCGGUGGCCAACCAGAACUCGUUCCUUAGCUUGAGGAGCAAAUGGGUUACGGAGAUCCGGACGCACUUGCCUCGUAUUCCCAUUCUGGUGGUGGCUACCCAGAUUGACCAGAGGGAGACGGGACCUCACAGCGCCUCCUGCAUCAGCCCGCUGCUCGGGAAGCGGCUAGCGAGGGACAUCCGAGCAAAGGCCUUUGUGGAGUGCUCAUCUCUUGCCAACAGGGGCGUCCAGAAGGUGUUUGAGUGUGCCGUCCGGACAGCGGUGAACCAAGCAAGGAAACGAGCCCGGAGGAAGCUUUUUUCAGUCAACGAGUGCAAGGUCUUUUAAACUCUGACUUGGCCUUUUCCGCCUCUCUCACAAAACGGACUCCCUUUUGUGCGGCAGAAGGGCACUGACGCGAAGGCUGACAAACAGGAGCACAGCGUGUUAGCAUUCGUGGUGGGCUGUGACCAGCAUGGUGGGAACUUCGUUUGCGAAGAACGGAAUGGGACUGCCCUUCCCCAUAAGGAUGCGAUGGUCCCAUUUGGCUCCCAGCGGCAUCGACGGAACAAAAGCUGAACUGGAGACUUUUGAACAGGAGCACGUUGUUAGCAUUGUGGGGGAUUUUGGAAUGUAUUUAUUCCGCGGCGGUGGAAAUCUUGCUUUUCAGUGAAGCAUCAUGGAUUGGAGAAAUCUGAUGGAGACUUGCACAGGUUUUCUUCCAGGGCCAUGGCUUUCAUCAAAGUACGACCAGGGUUUUAGUUUGAUACUGGUGCUGGAGAUUAGGCUCCUGAAACUACCAACCAACCCACCUCACACAUGACAGUCCCCAGGAUUACCUGGGGAGUUGGCGGGGGGGGGAAGGGGUCAGUGACGUAGCUACACUGUUUGAUUUUGUUUAACUUGGUUUAAUUUAUAACUUGAAUUUGGUGUCAGCCCGAUGUCUGCGGAAGCAAAUUCCUAGUGUGAAGAAAAUCAGACAAAACUAUUCUGUCUACUGAAGUGUGGAGGGUUAAUUCUGAUCAUUCUGACGCAGCUGAAGAUCUGUGGUGGC